AUGCGUCUCCUCCCCGCGGUGUGCUGCUGCUUCCCCUUCGCGGUGGUGGAGCUUGUCUUGCUCGCGGCCGUGGGCGUGCCCGCCGCGCUGUGCCGCCGCGUGCUCCGCGCUCGGGCGAGGUGCAGGCGCGCCUCCCGCGCCGCCGCGGCCAAGAAGAAGGAGAUGGCGGGGAGCUGCAGCAGCGGCAUGAGCCCCGACAGCGACGUCGAGGGCCCCAGCGUGCAGGGAGGCGGCCUCGUCCCCAAUGGCGGCGGCAAGAGCCAGGAGGCGGCGCGCGUGGAGCUGCCGCAGCCGGUCCUCGCCGUGGAUCUGACGCAGCGUGCGUGGAGGCAUCCUUCUUAUUAUUCUUGUAUUCGUGUCAAUACUCUGAAGUCUUCCACUGAUGCUGUCAUGCAUAAACUGAUGGAUCUAAUAUGCGAAAAUGAGCUCUCUGCUGUAAUCAAUGGUUUGGAGGUUGUGGAGCUGAAUGGUGGAGAGCAACAACAUGAACGGGGCUCUCUGGUCCACAAGUGCCCCUAUGCGGGCCUUGAAAAUGUUUUGUUUGUUCAGGGAUCAGGACCACAUGUGCUGCAUUAUGGUAGCCAACCAGAUCAAGCUGUUAAGGAAGUAGUUGUAAGUCGAAAAUGUGCAGAGUCAGUUCUUCGGGGUGCCCAGGUGUAUGUUCCUGGUGUUUUAGCUUGUAGUUCACAUGUUGAAAAGGGUGAUAAGGUUGCAGUGUCAGUCGCUAUUGAGCAGCCUGUCAAGGAAGAUGGCUGGGCUGUGGGCAUAACACGAGGAACUGUUUUACAGGGAUUGCAAUCAGAUGCACAUUAUGAAGAAAGGAAGGGUUUGUACAUUGGUCAAGGAACCGCUGCAAUGUCAAGGUCUGCGAUAUUUCGUGUUCCUCAUGGGAUUGCAGUAGAGAUGACUGAGAGGGUAUACAAGCUCCCAUCUUUCAACGAUGUGCUUGAAGGGGAGAUAUUUCUUCAAAAUUUACCAAGUGUUGUGACUGCUUGUGUCCUUGAUCCCCAGUCAGGAGAGCGAAUACUAGAUAUGUGCGCUGCUCCUGGAGGAAAAACAACAGCAAUUGCUAUCCUUAUGAGGGACAAAGGAGAAGUUGUUGCCCUUGAUAGAUCUCACAAUAAGGUGAUGGAUAUUCUAAAGUUGGCUUCUGAGAUGGACUUGAGUUGUAUUAAAGCUUAUAAACUUGAUGCCCUCAAAUCUGUACGGAAAACUGAUGAAGCAAGAAACCUUGGCAUGGCUGAUAAUCACAGUGAAGCAGUUGAGAUACCAACAGAGGACCCUUGCCAUGCCAGAGUAGAUGGCAGAUCUACCAGUGUAGAUGAAGACAACUCAACAACAACAGUGGUGCAUUCUGUAGAUGAUAACCUAAAUGCCAAAAGAUAUAUUAGCAAGGCAGAACUCAGGAAGAAUUUAAGGCGGAUGAAGAAUGGACCUGGAAGAAAUAAUUGCUCUGGUGGUAGAGUUGAAAAGUCAAAAGGAUUUUAUCCUAACAGCUUUGAUCGUGUCCUCCUAGAUGCUCCAUGCUCUGCGCUUGGCUUGAGACCUCGGCUCUUUGCUGGUGAGGAAACUCUAGAAUCGCUGAAAAAUCAUGCGAAGUAUCAGAGGAGAAUGUUUGAUCAAGCUGUCAAAUUAGUUCGUCCUGGUGGGGUGAUUGUUUAUUCAACGUGUACUAUAAAUCCAGGGGAGAAUGAGGCUUUGGUGAGAUAUGCAUUGGAUACCUACAAAUAUCUGUCACUGGUAUCACAGUUUCCGAAAGUUGGAGGGCCUGGUAUUGUUGGUUCGUGUGAGCUGUUCAACAAGACAUAUACUGAAGAAUGGUUGAGAGAGGAUGAAGCUGAACUUGUUCAGAGGUUUGAUCCGUCAUCAUCAGUGGAUACCAUUGGUUUCUUCAUUGCGAAAUUCAAUGUUGGAGAGAAAGAUGAAUAA